AUGUCAAGAGCAAAGAUCGUCGUCUGUCGGGAUAUGGGCGAGAAGGCUAUGGGUCUGUUGACCGCAUCGGAUCACGAGGUCGUUGUGUUCCCUGGAUCGCCAGACCCACCGCCACGGAGCUGGGUCUUGGAGAAUAUCAAGGGAGCUGCUGGAAUCUGCGUGAUGAUGGCGGACAAGGCAAAUCAAGAGUUACUGGAUGCUGCUGGACCCUCCCUCAAGGUUGUCUCCACCUUCAGCGUCGGUCACGACCACAUCGACGUCAAUGCUCUUCAAGCACGUGAUGUCCGACUAGGGUAUACUCCCGAUGUUCUGAACGACGCUGUGGCGGAUCUGACGGUCAUGCUAGCCUUGAUGGCUAUGCGUCGAGCGAAAGAAGGGAUGGAUAUCGUCCAUAAAAGCCAGUGGCCUCAGACGCACUGGUCGCCGUUCCUUUUGACCGGUCCUUCCUUCUCCCGGCCCAAACUCACUCUCGGUUUCCUAGGUUUCGGCAGGAUCUCUCAUUCGGUUCUCAGCCGGUUCCUGUCAUUCACCCUGCCUGCAUCUCACCCGGACGCCCCGAAGGUCAUCUACACCUCGUCUCACCGGAGACCUGAACAAGAUUCGAUAGACGCCGAGUAUACAAAGCGGUUCGGGGUAGAGGUCAAAUGGGUGGAGAAGGAGGAGUUGGCACGGGAGAGCGAUGUGCUUAUCGUUCUCUGCAACCUGAACGAGUCGACUAAGGGGAUCGUAGGGAAGGAAUUUUUAAGUAAUAUGAAGGAGACGGCGGUGCUGGUCAAUACUGCUAGGGGCGCCGUGGUCGACUCGCACGCCCUCGCAGAAGCACUUGACCAGGGCAAACUAUUCGCCGCGGGAGUGGAUGUCGUGGACGGAGAACCUAACGUCAAGGCGGAUCACCCGUUAGUAAAACAACCUCGGUGUGUCGUGCUCCCACAUGUUGGGAGCGCGACGUGGGAUUCGAGAGAAGGGAUGGCUUUGCUCUGCGCAAAGAAUGUCUUAGCCGGAGUUCAGGGCGAAGAACUGCCGGCCGAACUGAAAUGA